AUGGCGCAACGCCAUUCGUCGCAUUCGUUGGCACAGGAGACACGAUCAGCCCCAUCUCUGGCCUCUCAAGUGGGGGGUGAGUGGCAAAGUCAGCAGCAGCAGCAGCAGCAACACCACAUAAAAUACCACCUCACCUGGUGGAACCAUCUUUGCAUUUACCCGCUAUAUCUGAGGGUUUUCACGUCCAGUGGGUCAUUCAACCAAUAUUGCAUCUCAGCCGGCCAGCGUGCUACUUAG